UUCGUAUAAGUUAUAAGCAUUACAGUAAAAUACACGCUUGCCUUACAUUUAGAUUUUCAGAAAGAACUGACACUUUGGACUUCAUACAGACAUUAUAUUAAAAUCAAAAUUUAAGGAAAAUUAUUGACAGUUUUAGCAUGCCUCGAAUAAAAAAGACUGAAGACAUUCAACAGCCUAAAAAACUUAAAGUCGUGGAUGUUGAAGAUGACAUAAAUUAUCAGAGUGAGAACAGUAGUAGUCCAGUUAGACCACCAGGUAAAUAAUUUCUACCCCAUAUAAAUAUAAGAAACUUAAGAAAGCCUAAGAAUGCAUGUCGGCAAUAUUGUCCUUCUUUAAAUUUGUUUAUAAUUUUAAGUCUAAUACUAGACUAGCACCAUUGACAUUGGACCAUUGGCGGCAAUUUCAAGUUGGGGCUACCCAAGUUGGCUAAUAAAAAAAAUAAAAUACUUUUUUUACUAAUAGUAAUUGGCAGUAACUUAACAUUGACUAUACUAUACCCUCAAGACUACUGACUAAUCAUCAUACGCAUACUACAUAAAAAAAUAUAUAUAUUUAAAUAUAUAUAAUUUUAUAAUUGCUGUGUGUGUUAAAGUUAAAGCUAUUUGAUUUAUUGUAACUGGGAGUUGCCAACUUUUUCUGUUAUUUACAUUAUUCCUUUUUAUUUGUACUAGUCUGGCACCCUCUCCAAAAGUAACAAUUGCAAAGGCAAUGCAUUUUAAAAUUGCAUAUUAAUUGCAAAAAGAUUAGCUGAAGUACUUAGAAAAUGUUUUUUUAAAUUUAAAUCUUUAUUUCAGAUACAGAAGCUCCAAUAUUAAUAAAUCCAGGCCCUGGAAAAAAGAGAAUAGCCGAUGUUGAUUAUGAUCCUGCUGAUUUCAGGUAGCUAUUACUAUUAGUUAUUAGACUAAUUGGUAAGAGUCUCUACUAGAGUUAAAGCCUAGAGGUAGCAGAUUUGAGUCUCAUCUGUGGAUUUUUCACGCCUAUAUAUGGGCUUAUAGUUAGGUUAGUUAGGUACAAUGGACUUAGCUUUAAGUUUAAGGCAAAAAUGAUUAGGGAGGAGAAACCAUAAGUAAAAAUAAAAAACUAGAUGCUGACCAGGGAAAAAAUAUUUUGCUUAUUGAUGAUGUACUUGGUCAUCUUGGUGAACUACAUGGUACUACACAACAUGGCUAUAUUCUUAACAAUUUUUUUUUGUUGUUAAAAUCCAGAAUUGCAUUUUAAUUUUAAAAAAUCAUAUUUUAAUUAUUACUUGAAUAUAAUCAUAGAUACUUUUUGUAUUAUUACCUGGUCAUGACUCUUAUUUGCUUUUUAUAACUUGUUUGAAGUAUUUUAAAGUCAAUUUACAUUUAUAAUGAUUUUACUUUUUAUUAUUUUUUACAGCCAUGAAAUGCAAAAAAUGUUGGAAGGAUUUGGAGGUAAACUUCUGUUUUCACAGAUCUAUAUUAAUGAAUACUAGACAUUAAACACAUUACAAAAUUGAUAACAAAAGAAUGUAAAAUAUAUUUUUAGGAAUAUAUGAAACUUGUGAUCACUUAGUUUUUUUUAAGCAGAGAAAACCUUUACCAGAACAUUGUAAUUGCAUUGAUUAAUGUUAUCUAUUUUCCUAUUAUAAUAUAAUAUUGUUGAUCAAAUUUGGCUUGAGGUUGAUUUUUUUCAGCUGAUAUUUCUAAAACACUGAGUCAUAAAAAGAAAAGAAUGGAACAACUGACCCAAAACUCACUAAAGAAUGCCAACAAAAAAGUUGAGGAAAUUUGGAAGACUCAGCAGCUAGUUAGGUAUGCCCAAGUAUUAAAGUAAAAGUUGUGUUUCAUCUUGAAUAUUCAGUGCAUUUUGUAAAAUAAAAAAACUAUCAUUCCUUUGUCAUUGUUAAGUUUGAUAUGAUUUUACAUUACAAUUAUUCAGAAUCAUGCAGAUAAUUUUUACACCAUUGUUCUGGAUCAUGAUAUUAAUUCUCCAGUUAAGGUACCAGAUUUAAUUAUGCAUUCAAGAUGCAAGAGUUUCAGUAGUGUUACUUUUGGCACAUGCAGUAUUUAGUGAAAUAAUAAAUUUAAACUCUCAAAAAUAUGCAUUUUUCAAAAAUAUGCAUUUUUCAAAAAUAUGUAUUUUUGUCAUUGUGCUAAUGUUAUUAUACCUCAAUACCAGAACUAAAUUGCAAGAGGAAUUCAGUAAGCAAAUAAAUGCUGUGUACCAACAAUGGGAGUCAGAUAUUGAAAAGACAAAAGAGCAAGAAGAAAAAUUAAAUGUGUGUAUUUUCACUUUUACUAUUUUUAGUUUCAUUUUGAUAAAGUCAAUUUUUACAAACUUGAUUUUCAAAUAAUUUAGCCUACUGAAAUCAUUAUGAAAGUACUAAAUGGGGUCAAAAUUGUAACAUUUAGAAUUUAGAAUACAGUAAUUAAGGUAUUAAUGCUUUUUACUGUAUUUUAUUAAAUGACUUAUUGACCAUUAAGUUAUAUUAUUCAAGAGGAUUUGAUCAGUUUGGGGGUAAUAAAUAUAAAAGUUAGUUUUUACAAACUUGUCCACAUCAAGUACUAAAAGUUUUUUUUUUUUUAAAUCUCAUUAGAACCUGUUUAAGCAGCAGCAGAAAUUAUUUCAGCAGUCAAGAAUAGUGCAGAGCCAAAGACUCAAAUCUGUUAGAGAAAUAAGUGAACAGUUUAUAAUGGUAAUCAUCACUUGAUCUUGGGUUUCAUUUCAAUUUGUAUGAUUCCAUCCUUCUUUAAAUAAGAGGUAUUUCAACUACUAAAGUAAUUGAUAUCACCUUAAAAUCAGAUGUCAUAUCUGCUUGUUUGUUGUUGACAACACUAACCUUGGAAAAAUGUAAAUUUAUUCUUCUUUAUUUCUUCUUUAUUAUAAAUUAAUCAAAUGUGUCCUUUAUUAGGCUGAUCUCUUCUGGGUCUUGUUCUUUUGUAACCUUUUAUAAUUUUUCUCAAAUGUUUUUACUUAUGUUUCAAUCUUUACUGCUUUGACAUUUUCCUGGUUUAUAAUUGUUAUUUCCAUACAAUUGUUUACAGUCUGUAUUUCUAAUUUUUUUAUUUAAUUGCUGAAAAUAAAUAUGUAAAAUUUAAUCAAAACACAUCUCUAUUUAUUUAAAUAAAAAAAUAUUAUCACAUCUAAUCUUUAGGGUCUUGAGGAAUUAGAACGUAAUCGACAAACUCAGCAGACAUCUCUCCAAACUGAAUUGAAAAAAGAAAUGCAGCUUCUCCAAAAACGUAUUCUAAUGGAUACUGUAAGUUUUGACAUAUGUAAUUAAAAAUAUUGGUUGAUAGAACCCUCCUAGAGAAAGUGGAAGUAUUAAAAAAACAUAUGAAUAAACUGAAAGUGUUAAAAGUUAUUGUGAUACAGCAUGCCUUGACACUUUUCCUCCAACACUAAGAUGUACAUUCAUGUAAAUUCUUAAUUAUAUAUUUACUAAAAGAAGCAAAUGUUAAACUUGAACCACUUAUUAAGUGCUGGCUAUAGCAAUAGUUUAGAAAGUAAAGAGUCCAUGAAAGUGGCUCAAAUUAUGAGAUUGAAGAUAUUAUUCUUCCUUUAAACUACACUCUGGUCAGACAUCAAAUGGUAGUGGUACAUAUUCUAAUGUUUAUCCAUCUAUUUCUGUGGCCCUACAGCUUUGCUUUUCCAUGCUUGGAUUCCCAGCUGCUGUAAAUUGUUUCCACAUUGCCUAUCCAUCUUAGCCUCUGCCUUUAAGCUAUUUUCCUCGUGGGUUUUUGUGGUGCACCCUCUUCGCUGCUCUGUAAUUUUGAUAUUCAUUCUAAUUCUAAGUGUCCUACCCAGCACAACCUGUCCUCUCUUUAUUUCUGCUGCUUGUAUGACAUCCUAGUAUGGUCCAUACUUAAUAAUGUUGAGAUCAAUUAGUUGCUACAGUUUCAUACACUUACGUGCCAUUUAUUUUGAACAUUUAGAUGCACUCUGAAGGAUUGAAAAUUCAAAGCAAUUCAUAUACAGCUCACAAAUAUUAAUUAUAAUUUUCAAAAUAGCUAUUAUUUUCUUGGCUCAAUGAGCAUGAUGGUAGUCUUGUCGAAUAACUAUUUUAAAACCAAGUGGCUGAGAGUACUUAUUCAUUUUUAAGAAAACAGUUGGGGCAGAGAAGUUGGUCUUUAUAAUUUAUGCAUUGUGAUAAAGAUAUUAUGCAUCUUAACUCUUUAAACAACAAAAAUAUAUAUGAUACAAAACCCAUAAAAAAUAUAGUCCUUUUUUUAUCUAUAAAAUCAUCAUCUUAUUAUGUCACAAUAGCAACUGAUGAUGUAAUGUAAUAAUUUGGAUUGAAAGAAUGUUGAAUAAAGCCCAAAUAAUAAUAUAUUUCUUGUACUUGUAUUAUUCCAGCAACAGCAAGAAAUGUCAAAUGUUAGAAAAUCACUUCAUUCAAUGCUGUUUUAAGAGCCUGAGUGAAUCAUUAUAUAACAAAUGUAAAAAUGCCAAAUCUGAUUUUAAC